AUGACUUGUGUUUGUUGGUCAUUUUCGGCUCUCUACUUAUCCACGACAAUUGUAUGCGUUGAAUCAGCUUGCAACAAGUGGAUCCGAUUUCCGGGGGCGAUCAAUUCGAAAGUGAAGCGUCUGUCUGGCGUGGAACAACUCUCUCGAGCAGUACAUAGUCGUAAAUCUGAUUCCAUUGUCUUCCAUUGGGGUUCGAACUGGCGUAGCAGACGGUCGGACAGAUUUGUCAGCAGAUCAUCUGACAGGGUAGUCGGCGUCAAAGUAGCUGAAGUCGCAGCGACACUGAUGUUCAACGAAUUCCUGGAUGGCAGACACAAGUGCGCUGUUUGCAUGCAAGUAACCCAGCAUGGGACUAGAGCCGAUAGCAUUCCGCAAACCAGUAAGUGCCUAGCUGCCAUCCUCCUCGAAGGAAGAACGAGGGCUGGGAUACUGGCAGGUUGCCCAAGCCUAGACAGAGACAGCCAAGAUGCAAAGGUCAGGUUCGAACCACGGACCUUCUGGUCGUGCACCAAAAGCUCCGCAGUGUGUUGCCAGAUUGCCGCUUUACGGCUGUCAGUGCAGAACAAAACAGCGAGAUGGGCGAGAUGGCCCAAGUGGUUAGAGCGCGAAUUUACUGACCGGAAGGUCCGUGGUUCGAAUCCGACCCCCGCCACUCGACUUCCCCUGUCUAGGCUUGGGCAACCUGGCAGUAUCCCAGCCCUCGUGCUUCCUUCAGGUGGCAUGGCAGCUAGGCACCGGAAGGGUGCUACAGCUGAACGCUUUCUUCUACGGGGCGCAUUUAUUACUAUACUCCAGAGACUGUUGGAACAUGAGUCAUUGUAUUUUAAAACCGCCUGCGGCUAUGCAAAAUCCCUUGAACUAGCGCGAAAACAGUCGCUGUCGUUUUUACCGAACAAUCGACUCCCCUGUGCUACCGUAUCGAACGACCCGCCGAAGUAUUCACAUUCUCGAGCAUCACCGCAUGAACAGACGACUGCUGCUAGUGUGAGGGCCUUCAUGUUUCUUCUCUAUGUCCGUCACCCGCGUAAUAAAUGCCCCGCUAAAGCUGCGACCUGCAAAAACUGUGGGAAGAAAAGGCAUUUCCAAAAGGCAUGCAGAUCUUCCACUGGUCCGCGGAACACCUCAUCUGAUUCAACUGCACUAUCUUGCGUCACUGCAGCGGUUUCCGAGUGUCUCAAAGAAGCCGUCACCGAUGAGAAAGCCAAUGGCGUCCCACUUCGAGCUCUUGUUGAUAAUGGUAGCUCAGAAAGUUUUAUUUCCAAACAUGCAGUCCGGCUUAACAAGCGGUCUAUACUGCCAUCGUCAUCUGGGACCACUUUGGCAUCCAUCCGGCACAAAAGCUUUACUCUUGUACAUCGCUUUCUAACGUUACAACACAAACACAACAAGUAUCCCUCUUUCAAGUUUUCAGUAUUACGUGACCUCUGUACGGAUAUUCUGCUAGGACGCGAUUUUCUUAGGCUUCAUAAAUAA